AUGCAGAGCUCAGGUGAAGAUAGAACGUCUUGGGUUAGUCGAGCAGAAGAAAAUGUCAAGAUGGUCAUUCGUAAUGUACAAUCGGAAAAAGUGAAAAAUGAAUUAGGAAAAUUGGAUUUGAGUAAAUUAGGGUACGAUCACCCAGUAUGUUCUGGAAUUUUGGACUGCGAAUCUGAACAAAGGGCCGAUGAUUUUUUGAUAGAAAAAAACAAAAAGAUAAAUGAUCUUUGUGAAAAAUUUACUCUUGAGGAGGAGAAACGUAUUCUGGCGGAAGAAACAGCAUUAUCGCCCCGUAUAGUAUCUGCUGGAAAAUGGCUAGAUUCAUCGGAAAAGUUAGAAUCAAUUACUACACAGAUUUUUGAAGUAUUGCAUCAUUUAUGGGUAUCAACCAAGUAUAGAGCAUUUGUCCGCCAUAAAAUGCCAAUAAAUGAGACAUCAUAUAUGUGCAAAGUAUUGACACGGCUAUUUGAUACAGUCAUGAAUGGGAUACCUAUAAAAUGCGAGGCUUGGGGUGCAUGGGAUAAACGAAGCUUGGUUAGUGCAUCUCGAGCGGGCGAUUUGAGAUGUGCAAAGAAACCAGAUUAUAUGUUUACGGUAGAAAUAAGUGACGUAGAGGUUGAAUUAUUAUAUUGUGAAACUGGUCGUCCGAAAUCUUCACACGUGAAACAGCUGGAGGAUCAUAGAAAAUUAGCAGGACUCUCUAAGGAUUCGAUUGAAAAAACCAGAUCAGAACUUAAAGCAUCACUAAAAAAGUCGACAUUGAGUGAACAUUUGUCUAUAUUUACGGUUAAUGUUGCGAGCGACAUGAUAAAAAUCUAUGUGAUGAGAAAAGAACAUGGGAUUCUUGUUUAUCGUUUACUCACAACGGCGAAGAUCCCAUUGGGAAUUGCAUCCCCCGAUGAAGUCUAUACGCUCAUCCAUGCAUUAUUAACAUUACGAACUGCCGUUGUCUUUACAUUACAUAAUCUUUUAGCACGUCUUGAUGAGUCUAGCGGUGGACAAUCCUCUGAUGAGACUACAUCGACUAUUGAAAAACCUAGAAGAAAGAAAAGGAAAUAA